GAAACAACGAUGUCCAUCGCCGAGGGUAUGGAAACAGCUCUAUUGAAUAUGUGGCGCGGCGAAAAACAACUAAGUGAGGACGCGGGUUUCAAGCUGCUCAAACUCGACGAAGAAGGUGACAAGUUGUUUCAGAACCCGUUGGUAAACACUUGGGCGUCGUAUGUGAAAAUGUUGGGCACGGGUUCAGACAAAUCGAUAUUUCUGACUCUAAAGGCACGCUACGGUGAGGGGGAUCUGGCUCAAAUGCUGCUCAAGAAGAGCGAAAGCACGGGGCCACUUGCUGCAAGAUUGGAAUACGCGCAGCGCAACAGUUGGAUAACCGAAGGGAAGACCGCAGACGAUAUCUUCAAGCUUCUUAACGUGCAGAAGCAAAACGAGAAGCUUCUCGAGAGUCCGUUAUAUCAUUCCUGGACCUCUUACGUGGCAGGGGUGGAAAGGGGGGACUCGGACGAAGUGGUGGCGUCAGAGCUGAAGACUCACUACGGCGAAAAAGAUCUAACAUCGAUGCUCGAUGCAGCAAAAGGAAACCCGAGCACGAAGUCUGUUGCAACCCGUUUGCAGGAGGAGCUGUGA